GCCUGGAGCCUUGCUCCGCCUCACUUUUAAACUCUGAAACUCCUCAUCAAUGAUUCACUCUCUUGAAGUCGACCUUCCUUUGUGACCGUCUAACAAUUUUUUCGGGAACUGACCUCAGAUCAGCUUCUGACAGCUCUGCUUUGAGUCCCGUCAGUGUCCUGAAGCGAGCGGACUGCCUGCACACUGAUCUCCUCAUCCUCUGCACGCAGCAUCUUGUUCCUUACAAACCAGAACUACCAGCUCCUACAGAUCCUAGGGUUGUCAUACUGAGUUCAGCAGUGGAUUUAGAAUCACACACAUACACACACACAACGGAAGAAAGGAGUGGAAGUGGAAUGGAUAAUAGCCAUGGCACAAUGUAAUCUGCGGUCACCAUCCUCCUCUCCUCACGAUGAUGUCAACCUGGGACCUUCAGCUGACCCACAUGCCAGGCCCACUGACUUUGACUUCUUGGCUGUCAUUGGCAAAGGGACUUUCGGAAAGGUCCUGCUCGCCAAGCUCAAAGCCGACAACAAAUUCUACGCCGUCAAAGUGCUGCAGAAGAAAGUCAUCCUGAAGAAAAAAGAGCAAAAGAACAUUAUGGCAGAGAGAAAUGUGCUGCUGAAGAGUCUGAAACAUCCGUUUCUGGUUCGGCUCCACUACUCCUUCCAGACCCCAGAGAAACUCUACUUUGUCCUCGACUAUGUAAAUGGGGGAGAGUUGUUCUUCCACCUGCAGAGAGAGAGAUGUUUCUCUGAGCCCCGGGCGAGGUUCUACAUUGCCGAGGUGGCGAGCGCUAUCGGCUACCUUCACUCUCUCAACAUCGUUUACAGAGAUCUGAAACCAGAGAAUAUUCUUUUAGACUCUCAGGGUCAUGUGGUGCUAACAGAUUUUGGGCUGUGCAAAGAGGGCGUAGAACCGGAGGGAACCACAUCGACGUUCUGUGGAACUCCAGAAUACUUGGCUCCGGAGGUCCUUCGCAAGGAACCUUACGACAGGACAGUGGACUGGUGGUGUCUAGGAGUAGUGCUCUAUGAGAUGAUCUACAGCCUGGUGAUAAAGACAUACAACCUGUACAUCCCUAAAAGUAAUCACAAGUACCAAAGUCAAGACUUACACAACAAAAUCAUGGACAUAAGAAAACCUCCUUUCUACAGCCGUGACGUCGGUGAAAUGUACGAUGGCAUCCUCCACAAGCCACUGCCACUGCUUCCAGGGAAGUCUGAGGCCGUCUGCUCUCUGCUGGCGGGACUUCUGCAGAAGGACCAGCACAGGCGCCUCGGGGCCAUCGCCGACUUUCUUGAAAUAAAGAACCACACCUUCUUCACACCGAUCAACUGGGACGACCUUUACCACAAGAGAAUCACUCCUCCUUACAACCCUAAUGUGAGGGGCCCAGCUGACACUCAGCAUAUUGAUCCAGAGUUCACCAGAGAAAUGGUUCCUAACUCGGUGAGUCGGACCCCAGAGCUCAACGCCAGCACCAGCUCCAACAAUGCCUUCAAUGGGUUCUCCUUUGUUGCCAGCGAGGACAGCUUUCUGUGAGAGACCAAGAUCCUUACAAACAGAUCACACACAGUGAUCACACCUCUUUUGAGUUUAGUUCUCAUGGGAAUAAGAGCUCCUCAUGUAUUAUGGUAACCAUUGCAGAGGUCCCACAGUGCAUCUAUUGCACAGCAGGGAUUUCCAAGUUGUUCCUCGUGAGGGUGUAGCAAAGAAGGUGGCCUGUAUAAAACAAAAUGCCUGAAAUGAAAACAUUUAAGGUUCACAUAUAUAGAACUUUCUGCCUGGAUAUUUUCCCAGGCCCGCCCUGUGGAGAAUCUUGCCAAAUACACAGGGCUCAUAAGAAGUGGGAGCAUCUUUAAGAUGCAGUGCAAAUUAUUUUUAUUCAAUUCAUUUGCAAAGGAAUGAACAACAUGUAAGGCUGGAUUUACACAAGAGAUGUUUUAUAAUUCUUUUAUAUACAUCUGUUUAAAAAGAAAAAAAAACCACAACAUUGUCUUCCUGUGUACAUCCAGACUUGAUGUUGUCUGUCUUGAGGAUCCCAUUUCUAUAGAAAACCAGAAAACUGAGAAUGACAUACAGAAUAUGGAAAAGGCAAUUAAAAAAAAAAAAAAGUCUCACACUUACACUCUAGAGACAGCUGGGUAAAAAAAAAAAAUCCUUUUUAACAUCAGGUAUCAGUACAUGCUUUUGUCACAUUGGUAUGAUAUGUUAAAGAAAGUCUGGCUUUUACCUGUUUUUACACUGUUCUGCAGGGUCAGAUUUCACUGGGAAACUGUUGCAUUGCUCUAUGGCACAAAGGCAGAUUCCUGUGCAGCACAAAAUUUCCAAACUUCCUGUUGUAAACAUUGUUACUAAGUACACAGUAUAUAAGUAUAUAAAGUUAAUGUUUCUUACUACAUAAAACAAAAAAGAUAUAUAAAACAGAAAAGAAGAAGAUGUGCAAAGGGAUGUCAGUCCGUUAAUGAUGCAAGUGACUGAUUCCAAUGUUUUUCUUCUUCCUUUAUGACCUGAAGAAAAUCUUUGAAAAGAUAAACAAAGGAGUUGGAAAAUAAAGAUAAAAAUAAUCUUACUAACAGAGAGAUAACACUGUGAGUGACGUAGCUGGCGUGAAACAGUGCCUACUAGUCAUCACAACAGUGGUCCUGUCUGUUAAUGUACCGAAUAUCUAAAUGAAUAUGCAGAUGGAUCACUGCUGUUAAAAACUGCUCCAUGUGGAAGACUUUUAAAAUGUCAGUUGAUACACCGCAGUGUGCACAUUGUGUGGAUUAUGUGGUUUGUUAUGUGGAUUAUAGUUUAGUUUUCCGUAUUGUAACUGAGGAAAGUCCUCACAUAUGUUUGUCUGGAAAUUAUUUCAGCCUGUAGAUAGCAGACAGCGAUAUUAAGUAGUUAUAUUUCAUGAUAUGUAACAGGCUAAAACAGUUCAUGUUAUUAUGAAAAAAAUAUAUCUGACAUCUGUAAAUAUACAAAGCGGCUUUGCAAUAGGAUUAUGUACUGUAGAAAUGUGAUUUUUAUCAGCGUAAACCAUGAAGUGCUUCUCUGCCUUGGAAAUGAAAUUGGUGAUGGAUGGAGUUUGAUGUUGGCAGUGAUGGGAGAUACGGUUAGAAAAUGUACAUCUGAUGUCUUGCAUUUCUUUUUUAUUAUUCCAUUCAUAUAUACUUAAAGUCCUGUUUUUGCAUCUGAUAUUAAAGAAGCUCCAAUGUAUUCCCAUUGUAUUCAGAUUCCUCAAGAUAGCGUGGUACUAUUUACCUCCUUAAAAACGUCUGUUGGUUUUGUUCAAAGUUUUAAUUUCACAGAAAAACUGUAUCAGAUGCUUUUCUAUGAAACCAAAUAAACUAACAGGGAAAUAACAAUGUAUUUCCUUGGAGAGGACAGCUUUAAUUGAGUCCUUUAAAUGGUCUAAAUGAUUAAUGGCAAAACUCAGGGACAAACGCUGCUCCGACUCUCCCGGUUCACCGUUUGCCUUCUAAAGCUGUAACCCUUCAUGCCAGGCUGUUAUUCCCUGACUGAUCUUGUAAACAGAGGGUUUGACGUUACACACUGUUGGGUCAUGCUGCCAGCAGCAGCAUCACUGUGGGCAAAUGACAGCAGAAGAAAAAUUCCAUUUGCGUGUGUGUGUGUACAUAGAAAACUUGUUAAUCAAUCAAACAGCUGUCAAAACAUUUAAGGUGUACUUUUGAACGAACCAUUAAACAUGAUGUGUGCAUAACAGAAACAGUGUUUUUGAUAAUUAACCAAUCAGGGACCAGCUUGUACAGAAAAUGUUCCAUGUUGUAAGAACAAUUUUGGGAUACUUGGACUUGAGUAUUUCCAUUUUUAUUUCUCUCUUUUAUACUUAGCUAUAGGACCUUAGCUCAGCUAUAGGUACAAGUUAUUUUGCGGAUUAUUUUCUAAUAAAAUGCGAUCAGCUUCUAAAACCGGAUGCCUGUCUUCGUGAAAUAGAAAAUCUGGAAUUGAGU